GCACGGCCCGUCCCCUUCCUAACAUCGCCUCGGAGACCUUGGAAAAGCCCUUCCGCCGACACGAGUGGGGAGAAGCCGAGGAAGAGAAGCAGCAGCGACCGCGCCGUAUUUAUUCUCAUUUCCCUCCGGUUGGCAUGGCGACGCAAGCGUACGUCACCGAGCUGCAAGCAGCCCCGCAGCCGCCCCAGGCCCCGCCCCCGCCGCCGCCCCCCGCCGCCACCCCGCAGCCCCCCGCGGCCGCCGGCCCCCAGGCCCCCUAUGUCACCGAGCUGCACAGCCCCCAGCCCCCCGCGCCGCCCCCCGGGGGCCAGAAGCAGUAUGUGACGGAGCUGCCCGCCACCCCCGCCGCGCAGCCGGCCGGCGCCCCCGCCCCGUCCCCUGUCCCCCAACAGUACAUCGUGGUCACCGUCUCUGAAGGUGCCAUGCGGGCCAGCGAGACCGUGUCGGAGGCCAGCCCGGGCUCCACGGCCAGCCAGACCGGCGUCCCCACCCAAGUGGUCCAGCAGGUACAGGGCACCCAGCAGCGGCUGCUGGUGCAGGCCAAGCCGGGACACGUGUCACCUCUGCAGCUCACCAACAUCCAGGUGCCGCCGCAGACUCUCCCCACACAGCGUCUGGUGGUGCAGAGCUCGGGGCCCGGCAGCAAGGGCGGCCAGGUCGCGCUGACCGUGCACAGUACCCAGCAGGUGCACUCGCCCCCCGAGAGGUCACCGGUGCAGGCCACCAGCUCCACCAGCAAGACAGCUGGGGCCCCUGCAGGCACCGUGCCCCCACAGCUGCAGGUCCACGGCGUCCAGCAGAGCGUCCCCCUCACCCAAGAGAGGUCCGUGGUGCAGGCCACCCCGCAGGCGCCCAAAGCCGGCCCCGUGCAGCAGCUGACGGUGCAGAGCCUCCAGCCCGUGCAUGUGGCUCAAGAGGUCCAGCAGCUCCAGCAGGUGCCUGUCUCCCACGUCUACUCCAGCCAGGUGCAGUACGUGGAGGGUGGCGACGCCAGCUACACAGCCAGUGCCAUCCGCUCCAGCACCUACCCCUACCCCGAGACGCCCCUGUACACGCAGACGGCGGGCACCGGCUACUAUGAGGCCGCGGGCUCCGCGGCCCAGGUCAGCACGCCCGCCACCUCGCAGGCGGUGGCCAGCAGCGGCUCGGUGCCCAUGUACGUGCCCGGCAGCCCGGUGGUCGCCAGCUCCACCAGCAGCGGGGCCGGGGCCAGCAGCAACGGCGGCGGCGGCGGCGGCGGCGGCGGCGGCGGGGGCGGGGCCGGCGGCGGCGGGGGCGGCGCGGGCGGCGCGGGCGGCGCGGGCAGCGGCGGCGGCGGCGGGGGCGCCGGCACCUACGUGAUCCAGGGCGGCUUCAUGCUGGGCAGUGCCAGCCAGUCCUACUCCCACACCACCCGUGCCUCGCCAGCCACGGUGCAGUGGCUGCUGGACAACUACGAGACGGCCGAGGGCGUGAGCCUGCCGCGGAGCACCCUCUACUGCCAUUACCUGCUGCACUGCCAGGAGCAGAAGCUGGAGCCCGUCAACGCCGCCUCCUUCGGCAAGCUCAUCCGCUCCGUCUUCAUGGGUCUGCGCACGCGCCGCCUGGGCACCAGGGGAAACUCCAAGUACCACUACUACGGGCUGCGCAUCAAGGCCAGCUCGCCGCUCCUGCGGCUGAUGGAAGACCAGCAGCACAUGGCCAUGCGCGGCCAGCCCUUCUCCCAGAAGCAGAGGCUGAAGCCCGUGCAGAAGAUGGAGGGCAUGACCAAUGGCGUGGCGGUGGGGCCGCAGCAGAGCACCGGGCUGUCGGAUAUCAGCGCCCAGGUGCAGCAGUACCAGCAAUUCCUGGAUGCCUCCCGGAGUCUCCCAGACUUCAUCGAGCUGGACCUUCAGGGCAAAGUGCUGCCCGAGGGCGUGACGCCCGGCGACAUCAAAGCCUUCCAGAUCCUGUACCGGGAGCACUGUGAGGCCAUCGUGGACGUCAUGGUGAACCUGCAGUUCACGUUGGUGGAGACGCUGUGGAAGACCUUUUGGAGGUACAACCUGAGCCAGUCCAGCGAGGCCCCAUCGCUGGCCGUGCAGGACGAGGCUGAGAAGCGGCUGCCCAAGGCCAGCCUGGUGCUCCUGUCCAAGUUCGAGCCUGUGCUCCACUGGACCAAGCACUGUGACCACCUGCUGUACCAGGGCCUGGUGGACGUCCUCAUCCCCGACGUGCUGCGCCCCAUCCCCAGUGCCUUGACCCAAGCCAUCCGCAACUUUGCCAAGAGCCUGGAGAGCUGGCUCACCCACGCCAUGGUGAACAUCCCCGAGGAGAUGCUGCGGGUGAAGGUGGCGGCGGCCGGUGCCUUCGCGCAGACACUGCGGCGCUACACGUCGCUCAACCACUUGGCGCAGGCGGCGCGCGCCGUGCUGCAGAACACAGCGCAGAUCAACCAGAUGCUGAGCGACCUCAACCGCGUGGACUUCGCCAACGUGCAGGAGCAGGCCUCGUGGGUGUGCCGCUGCGAGGACCGCGUGGUGCAGCGCCUGGAGCAGGACUUCAAGGUGACUCUGCAGCAGCAGAACUCUCUGGAGCAGUGGGCGGCUUGGCUGGACAGCGUGGUGAGCCAGGUGCUCAAGCCCUACCAGGGCAGCACCGGCUUCCCGAAGGCCGCCAAGCUCUUCCUCCUCAAGUGGUCCUUCUACAGCUCCAUGGUGAUCCGGGACCUGACCCUGCGCAGCGCCGCCAGCUUCGGCUCGUUCCACCUCAUCCGGCUGCUGUACGACGAGUACAUGUACUACCUGAUCGAGCACCGCGUGGCGCAGGCCAAGGGCGAGACGCCGAUCGCCGUCAUGGGCGAGUUCGCCAACCUGGCCACUUCGCUGAACCCCCUGGACCCGGAUAAAGACGACGAGGAGGAGGAGGAGGAGGAGAGCGAGGACGAGCUGCCCCAGGACAUCGCGCUGGCGGCGGGCGGCGAGUCACCGGCGCUGGGCCCCGAGGCCCUGGAGCCCCCGGCCAAGCUGGCGCGCACCGACGCGCGCGGCCUCUUCGUGGAGGCACUGCCGUCCAGCUGAGGCCGCGGCCCCGCCUCUCCGCCCGCCCCCCGUGCCCCCCACGCCCCGGCCCCUCACAGCUUCCGCCGCAGCGCUGUCACCCCUCCUGCCCCGGCCGGGGCGCGGAGCCGGGGCGACAGCGAAGGCAUGGCCCCCCCACGCGGGGUGUGCACAAUCACUGGCCGCAGAACCCCAACACAAAAAGAUGUGCCUUAAGGCCCCCCGCAGCCCCGCCCCUCCCCCGCCCCCGGGGCAGCAGGCGCGCCCCCGUGGAACUCGGUCCCCCGUGGAACUAAUAACUUAUUCCGCUCGCUGGCUUUGCACAGCCUGCCCUGGCCCGCCAUGCCCAGGGCAGGCGCAGGUGGGCGGGGGAGGGGCCGCGACCCCGGAUCCCCCCAGUCAGCAGCAGCCCCCCCCCCAUGCUUCCCCCUUCCCGGUCUAAGUGCAAUUAAAGCUGAGGGUGUGGCAUCUUGGCUGUGGCUGGCCCCGCCGGGCACCGGAGGGGCAGGGCCUCCAGCUUCCAAAGAAAGCAGCAGCCGGGCUGGGGGUGCAGCCGGCGCCCGCCCCUCCGUGCCAUGCCGUGAACCCCUGAUUUUUUUGUUUUUUAGUGGACUCGUGCCCGCGUGUGAGCGGAGUCGGUAACUUGGUUUCCCUCCCCCCUACCAUCAUGGCCUUAUCUGUUCCGGUUUUCUCAGUGUUUCAACCUGUGAGAUAGAUAAAUGUUUAUGGCAAAAGGAAAAAAGAAAAAAAACGAACAGAAAAAAAAAAUCACAAAAAGGAAAAAAAAAGACUAUUGUAUAAAAUCACUAUUUUGUGUGCUGGCGUGCUGCAGCUUCGGGGCGGCCCGCGCCGUGUCGCGUGUGCUAGUCUAGUGUGCAGGGCGGUUUUCUACCUUUUGUAGUCUUUCUUAAACAAUAAACUGCGCUGUCUACGUGGUGUGCGCUGUCUA